CAUCCCCAGCCUGCUCAGCUCAGGAAGCCCCUCUGGGUCACACAUGUACCAUGAAGUACCCUCUGGUGCCUCUGGUGAACGACCUCACGCUCUCUUUCCUGGUGUUCUGGUUCUGCCUGCCUGUGGGUCUGCUGCUGUUCUUGGUGGUCAUUUGGUUAUGCUUCUUACUUAACCAAGGUUCAGGGGACGAUGGCUCGGAUUUAUGCUUUAAUUGGGAGUUCUGGAACAAAGAGCCAGUUGAAUCCAGCUUUGAGGAGACACUCCAUGACCAGGAGGAGGAAAAGCUCCACUGUUGAUCCAGGGAGUUGGCUGAGCCAUGGAAAUGGCCAAAGAAGAUGGACAGACGCACUAGGGAGGGGAGAGGAGGAUGGUGACCAAUGAGCCUCCCUGCCAACCCACUCUAAUCCAUCUCUUGCACUGCCAGACCCACAAAGCCUCCAGGGGAACUAGCUGUUCUCCAUCUUCACAGAGGACCUGGAGCCUUGCUGGCCCAGGAGAUGCUGGGUUAUAUUAAAGAAAUGAGGGGGCUCCUGUGCCCAGGAGAGCCCUGACAGUGCA